AUGAAAGAGUCCACACCUCAGCGAUUCUGUGAUUUUAUUAAAGGCUUCGAGUUUGAUUAUCUAAGCAUUCCUCCAGAGAAUGCAUGGGAAAAUCUAGAAAAUGCAUAUAUUUUUCAUCUUAAUAAUAUAUUAGAACAAACGGUCUCGGAGGAAACGCGUGAGCUUGUAAAAACAUUACAGCAACAAUGGAUUUUGAUAAAAACUCGUACUAAGAAUAACUUCAUCAAUACUUAUUUACUUUUGCGCGAAAGAAUUGCUGAACGAAAAGUGCAAGCGAUUUCUCAUAAUGUUGCAUGUCGUACUAUAUCUGCUAACGUAGAGAAGGUGGAGAAAAACGUUAUAAAGUGGAUAAAUAGUGAUAAUUCUCAAGAUUCCUUUGCCUUUUCAGAGAAUGAAAGAAAAGAACCUGUGGAAGAAGUCCCUCAUAUCAUCACCAUUUCUCAAAAUAUCCACACCCACACUCAUUCUCCGCGUGAUUCAACCUUGGAUUCAAAUAAUGAUCCAAAAUUAGAAUUGUCUGCCGAUACGCCUGAAGCUCGACGAUCACAAGCUUCCAAUCUGUUAUAUGCUUCCAUGUUCCAGGCAGAAACUGACAUUCAUAACCACGAGAACGAUGAUGAUUUGGAUACACCGGAUCAUGAGGAGGCGAUUGAUAAUAAAGAAGAGGUAAAGGAGGAGAGCAACAAAGAAGUAGCAAGAGAAAACCAAAAAGGGCCAUUUAUAAUGCGCGAACAAAAUCGAAUGGAGUUUACGAAAUCCUAUAAGGCAAUGGACGAAGGUUAUAUGUGGAAACUUUCAUCAGGAAGAAUAGUUGAAAAAGAGUUGUUUAAACUCGGAAACGGUUUGGUGUUUGAACAUGCCAUUCAUUCCUUUAUCCUUGAUGUUGAAGAUGAGUUGAUUAUGGGGCAUUUCACUGAGAAAGAACUCGAGGAGAUAGAAAACACAGCUAUUCCGGAGGUACUCGAUCUUUCGGACGAAGUUGACAAUUUUUUGAGUGAAUUCACUGGCAAGACAAACUUAAACGACAUUCGACAGAUAAUUAAAGAAUCAAUGUUCGGUAAUAAUUACAACCGUGAGAAGCAUCAUGACAUAGACUACAUAUGUCUUGCUUUAUAUGCAUUAGUGAGGGAAAUAGAAAACGGUAAUCUCAAGAACGCAAACCUAGAAAACUGGUAUAACUGCCAUAUAUGGAAUAUAAUAUUCGACCAAGUGUUCGGAGAUAUACAAGCAGUGACUGUUGUCAGGGGGGAAAGUACGAGUGUGUCAACGGCAACACGUAAGAAUAAACAAGCUAAAAGGAAACCAGGUGAACGUCGGAAAGUUGGACGUAGAGGGGAUUGGAUUCUUAGAGCCGUAGGCAACGGUAACAAAGAUGAAUUUGGGGCGGGGGAGGCAGGCAAAGAUUGGACAGAUAAAUAUGGGACAAAGUAUCUCAAGGAAAUUGGCUUAAAACUUCCAAAAACGCUGAAAGAUAUGUUAAUGAAUUUAAUGGAGAGGGCAAAUUGGGACAAAGAUGUGUGCAAAAAUAUCCAGACCGUCGGAAUUAUACACGAAGGUCUUAUGAUGUCGUUGGUAUAUGCCGACAAUCCGAAAGGAUACAUCUGCAGGUUUCGUCGUAGCGACCUUAUGGAAGUACCAGAUACGGCGGAAAAAUUUGAUUCAGUCUUGACAAUAUUGGCAUCUGUCCUAAUCGCAAAGAGAUAUCCAAAACAAAACGACAGACUACCAAAUCAUCAUUUAAGGGUUCAGGGUACCGAAAGCGAUCCCGAGAGGAAGAUCACCACCAGAUGCCUGAAUGCUUAUCAACUCCGAAGAAAGCGAAAAUGUGUGCCAAAACCUGUGUAA